GCAGCUUCAGUAGCCUCCCGGUCGUCAGCGGCUGCGGACGUGUCCCUCCGCAUUAAGCACCACAUCGGCAAAGUUUGAAACUUUACGUGAUUAGUUCGUUGAUGUUACAUGGUUCCUCACUACAUGGAUUAUUGGAAUGUGUUUAACAUACAGUAUAUAAACAAGAUGAAGAGGCUUGGAUUUCCUAAAAGCUGGUGACUUUCUAAUGCCACCAUGACCGGAAGACGCGGACCCUUCAGGAGUUUCGCUAUCAGCAUCAUUCAAAUUAUCACCAUCAUAUGUCAAGUGUUGACUGAAGAGCCACGUUUUGCGGAACCCAUACCUAACGUGACGGUAGCGCUUGGAAGAGAUGCCAGCUUACCUUGCGUGGUUGAACACCUCGGCACCUACAAGGUGGCAUGGAUUCACAUCGAUCGUCAAAUGAUCCUGACCAUCCACCGUCACGUGAUCACCCGCCUCGCCAGAUUCAGCGUCUCACACGACAACGCCAUGACCUGGUUGCUCCACGUCAGCCAAGUACAGCAAGAAGACCGAGGGUAUUACAUGUGCCAAGUGAAUACGAAUCCAAUGAUCAGUCAAGUUGGAUACUUACAAGUUGUUGUACCCCCGAAUAUAUUAGAUGAAGAAAGCACACAGUCAGCAGUGGCAGUUAGAGAAAACCAGAAUAUUAGCCUUAUUUGUAAGGCAGAUGGCUUCCCGACACCGAAAAUUAUGUGGCGAAGAGAAGAUGGCCAGCCUAUAUCCGUUGACAGGAGAAAGAAAGUAACAGUCUACGAAGGAGACACGCUAAGUCUACAACGCAUCAGUCGCACAGAGAUGGGAGCGUACCUCUGCAUCGCAACCAACGCGGUGCCACCCUCCGUCUCCAAGAGGAUCAUUGUGGAUGUUGAAUUUUCUCCCAUGAUAUGGGUACCCAACCAGCUAGUCGGCGCGCCUGCCGGCACUGACGUUACCGUGGAUUGCCAUACAGAAGCUCAUCCACGAGCGAUCUCAUAUUGGGUAUACGAUAGUGUUAUGGUUCUACCAACCAAGAAAUACGCCAUCAACACAGAGGAAAACUCAUACAGGGCCCACAUGAAGCUGACUGUCAGAAAUCUCCAAAAUGGCGACUUUGGCAAUUACAGAUGCAUUUCCAAAAAUUCUCUCGGAGAAACCGAAGGGUCUAUCAGAUUGUAUGAAAUCCCGAUGCCUUCGACGUCGCCUAAAGCUACAGAAAUGAAGAGCAACGCCAAUAAAGAAAUCGUGCGUCGCAUGAACGUGACGCGUGCGGGUUCUCACGAGUCGGUGACCGAGCGCCCAAGUGUGGUGCGCGCUCAGCUUGACCGAGCACCGGACCGCGGGCAUGUCUACCGCGCGCCACAUCCUCACCAGGCAUCAGGUACCCGGAGUCUGCUAUGUUGGCGUCAAUCUUUCUUGGCUGUAAUGAUACUGGCUAAUAUGGACAUCAUUUCCGAAUUCUUAAUGUUAUGUUUUUAAUAGACCAAUAUUAUAUUGUUCUCAAUUUUCGUUUUCAAAUUGUCGGUUUAUAUACAAAGAUUGUAAAAUAUAACAUAGACCUACCAUAUCAAUACUUAUUUUUAAAAAGUAAAUAAGAUAACAUAUCAAUACUUGCGUCAUAUCCAUUAUUAAGUUGAGUGAGAUUGUAUACAUACAUAUAUUUACUAACAAAUUUUGCUUAAAAUGUUUGUAUAAUUAAGUGAAUUUCAGUUCUUCCCAACGACAUCCGCUUUCUUUACACUAGGCUAAGUUUUCUGUUGUUUAUGUUUUGUUACCGCUACUAAUUAUGGAUUCUGACUCAUCCUGUGACUUAUGUGAAUAUGUACGCGUAUUUUGGAACUCACCAUCACAGUUACCAUAUCAUCACAUCUAGAAUAGAAUUUAUAUUGUCCAAAAUAUGGUCUCAUGCUUCGCGUCGAAUCGUUCCAAUGUGCCAAAACAUCACCAGUUGUGUAUAUCAUUUAUUUCUUAGGGUCAGUGCACACCUAACAAUAAAUUCAAAUUUCAGAGUUACUUAUGUUGAUAUGAUGUUGGUUAAUGUGCGCUUACCUUUAGUGUAUACCGGCUUGCUCCUCACGCUUAAAUAUUGUAAAUAUUAAUACUGCACAUAAGUAAACAUUAAACGGUUGGUAAAAAUUGUUAACCAAUAAUAGAUUAUGUACUUGAAUGUAUAAUAUUAUCUCCUGAUAUAAGAAAUAUAAUUAAACCUUUAUUGUACUGUCGUACAAUUUUGAUGUAAAUAAUGUUAUUAAAAUAAACUAGUAUAUGAUAAUUGAAAAA